CCGGGGACUUGUUCUGAUUUGGAAGUCACGUGACGUGGGAUGUUCCCAUCAUGGCGCCCGAGAGAGCGAGCUCACACCACUUCUCCUCCUAAAUAUUAUGUUUCCAAGAUUCCUGCUGUGUUUGUCUUCGAGAUCGGAGCGGUAGACAAGGGCUGGGACUUGUAGGAUUUCUGUAGGACUCUUCAACUCGGGAAUUUCCGCCAUGGGGAAGAGCGGCAGCAAGCUGACGGCCGGAGAAAUGAAGGAACUUCAGGAGUGCACCUACUUUGACAAAAAGGAGUUGCAACAAUGGCAUCGUGACUUCAUGAAAGAUUGUCCGAGCGGCGCGCUACGGAAAGAGGAGUUCACAACAAUCUACAAGCAAUUUUUCCCUCAUGGAGAUCCCACAAAGUUUGCCGAUUUUGUCUUCAAUGUGUUUGAUACAAACAAGGAUGGUUACAUCACAUUUAAAGAAUUCAUCUGUGCACUAUCCAUCACGUCAAGAGGGACGUUAGACGAAAAGCUGGACUGGGCUUUCAACUUGUAUGACCUCGACAACGAUGGCUACAUCACAAAAUCAGAGAUGCUGAACAUAGUGGAAGCCAUCUACGCCAUGGUGGAAAAGAGUAGCUCCCUUUCUGGCGAGGGCACAAUGCUGGAGCUGCCCCCAGAUGAGGACACGCCGGAGAAGAGAGUUAACAAGAUCUUCGCACAGAUGGAUAAGAAUAAGGACGGAAAGUUGAGCCGUUCGGAGUUUAUCUCAGGCUCGAAGAAGGACGCCUGGAUUGUCCAGGCGCUGGCUAUAGAAAUGGAGCAAUGAUGUCUGUGUAUACAAGUUUCCAUUGUGAGAGCGUUACAAAUGAACAAGGAUGGGCUGAUUAGCAAGCAGGAGUUUAGAGAUGGCGCAAAGAAGGACAAAUGGAUCUGUUCCGCCCUGUCCCUGGACUUAUAGCUGACAAGGACGUAGAAAUGUAGAAAGAAAAGUGUCCUGGUCUCAGAUAGAGCGCAGUCUAGUCUGUCAUAGGGCUGCGUUGUAGGUAUAAUGGUCCCAUCAUCAACAAGCCUGUGUAACAAAAUCUAUGGCAUUCAAUGUUGUCUUUCUGCAAGCUUGUCAUUGAAAUUUUGACGGGAUCGAGGGAAAACAUCAGGACUAAACUUCAGGUUUCCCUAUUCCUGUUUUAGUCCAAUGUAGAGGGAGGGCACGACAAUACAGGAAUGCGGCAACGUUACUUAAAUGAAAAAUACGAGAAGAGGGCAAAUUUUUUGAAGUGUGUCAUGGCAACUUUUUGGAUUCUAUUGUUGAUGGAGGAAAAGAUGGGGAAGAAUGUUGAUAAUUUGUAUCGUGUAGCUUCUCCUUAGCGUAAGAUGAGCUGAGUACUUUGUAAUAAGAGAUCUGAACUUACAUGUAUUCUGUGUGGACAUGGGAUGUUACGAACCUGCAUACAUGUAGAGUUACCUGCAAAAUCUGUACCACGUUUCAACGCAGCUGUGUAAUAUAAAAAAAAGAGGUUUUUAGCUUUUCUUAUUAUAUAACUUGUCUAAGGAGGAUGCUAUAGUUGUUGUAUGCUCCUAAAAAUGCUGUGAAUUUGCGAAGAGAAUUCUAUUUGGUAUGACGUAGUGAUGUUCAUGAGUUUUCAAAUGUAAAGCUACAUAGACUUGAUUUUAUGGAUGACAUCAAUUUUGGCUUGUAUCCCGAAAGAGAAUCUCCUUUUGGCAGAACGGAGGAAGUAAUUUGACAAAGUUUAAGCAAAUGGAGAACUAUUUCUGAACCCGUUGUGAAACUAAACAAAAACAAGAGUAAGGUCAACAUUUUUAUUGAACUGUUUCAAUGUGUUCAAACAUUCCUUUGCAAAAAGGAACAAAAUUUGUUUUACUUCCUUAUUCUUUUUAGGGAUACUCCAAAGAUGCCAUUCAUCCAAAUCAAAUUUGUGUUGCUGUAGGUAUGUAAUGAAAGAAGACUAUAUAUACCAGUGGCUGUGUCUGACCUCAGAGGUGUUUGUUGUUUGCAUGCCGACCCUGGAGAGUUUGGAACCGAUUUGUGCAUUUCCUAAAAAAAUGGCUUGUAACACUCUUCUUCUUCAGGGCACGUCCAUGUGAACAGUUGUCGUAUCUUAGCCAGCGAGUUUGAGUUUUUCUCAUCACGUUUUACGUACGCAAGUUUGGUAGUCUAGACUUUAGUGCUAAGGAAAAGGUGAAUGCUUUUUGUACUGUUUGCUCUGUAAGACUUAGUGCAAUGAUACUGCCUAUGCUUUUUCGGGCCCUCCUGUUGUGAACCUACUUAGUUAUACUAUUGUGUACCUCAAGGAUGCAUCAUUGGGCCCCUUUACACUGUUUAAGUUAUAGAGUCUAAGACUUAAUGACUUCUUCAAUCAACUACCCAUUUUAGAAGUGAAAAUGUUUCCCUCUCAUAUUGAUGUUAACUGCAAUUUUCUUAUCCAUGACCCAGUGAACAUCUGUUAAUGUCAAAUGUCAAAGGUGAUGUGUCAAAUGUCAUACCAGCAGUCAUGUAUUAGCACCACUGAUUUUUGUUGUUGACAUGAUCAUAAGUGCAAUUCUGGAAAAACUGACGACAAGGGCAGACGAAAUGAUACAGCUAGACUUUUUGUUGUCUUUGUUUCACAACAAUCGGUUGACGGCAGUUGAAUUCUGAACUUGUCUAUGAAAAGUUGUGUACGUGUAGUAUACAUUGUCAAAACUUAAGCUUGUUAGUGACCAGAAUGUACCAUUCAUGCUCCUCUCAUGACACCUUACAAAUUAUUUCAGGCUGUGUCAGUACAAUUCCUUGUUUGUCAUCGUUGUCAUUUAAGUUUCUUUGUCAGCUGAGAAAAAAUGUAUAGAAAAUGCUACGCAUGCCCUACUCAUUACAACGUUUUGAGGGGCAAGACUUUUUUGUUCUGUCUUUUCCCCCAAUAACCAAGGAAUUGUACUCACAAUCAUAUUUCAUUCAAACAAAAGAGUUGGACUAGUUUGCUUUUAAAUUUCCUGAUGAGACAGCUAUGAUGUGACAAGUUGUGGGUUAACGAAAAAUAUUUUCUGUCAGAAUAGAUAAAAAUUAGAGGGGGAAAUCCUAGCAGCAAUGUUAGACAAUUGCAUAUCAAGUUUUGGUAUAAUGUUACGAAUCCUUUAGCAUAGUACAAGGAAGGACUUGAAAAAAAGAAGAAAUUUUAUACAGAUAUUCUAGUCAGAUAUGGAUGUAAGCAUGUAGUCUAACUGCAGGAAAAGGCAUAGUGGAAUAUAGACCUUAAAACGUACAGUUAUAUUAUACAAGGGCUGGCAAAUCUGUCGGCGGUGUUUUGAGCAUACCAAAAUUUGACUUGUGUUAUUCUGGAGCUGCUAUCAUCCUGUUCUUUUGCUGUUUUCAUGCCACUUUUGUGAGAUACGUUUGUCUGAGUCAACAGUCUUCCCGAGGGAGUUUACAGCACAGUUUCUGUCAUACCAAAUAAGGCAAUAAAACUCCAUGAGUUGCACCAAUCAGAAGUCCACUUAGGUAACAGGUGUAUUAGGAGAGACCUCUAUCAUUUGAUAGCAGUACUGCAACUCACGCUACUUGCACACUGAAGAACUUUAGCAUGGUUGUCAUCAAUGCCCUUUUGAAGCAUUAGAUGGUAUAUCAAUUCUGAUAGUAUCGAGGUUAAUUAGAACUAGACUGAAUUUCUGUGUUAUUGGAGGUGUUGAAUUUGUGUAGUACCUGCAUAUUUAACCCUCAAAAACCCAAGUUAAUAGUUACCAGGUUCCCUGUAGGCUCUCUCUGGAAGACUGUUAUUAGACAAAACUUUAUGUUGGGAUCUCUUGUUUUUGUACAUAAAAACGUUCAUGUUUAGUGGGUAGGGAUAGAGGCGUUCGUGUCCUCCACUAGUGAUGUUUUAUUUAUUGGAAAUAUUUAUGCGUUUCUUCAGGAUGUACGUUUUGUACGGUGUAAGAAGUUAUCAUCAGUCAACUUGCCUGUUCUAAAUACAUUUCAGUAUAACGGAAA